GGAGCCUUUGCGAAAUAACACUCGAGGCGGCUCGGGAGUCAGGGCGAGGCGGACCCGAACCUCCGACUCCGAGGUUCCCGGAGAUGAGGCGGGGUUGGGGACCUCGGCCCCGCGCGCUGCUCCUUCUGCUGACGCUGGUGGCUCAGCCAGGUGAUGGUAACAGGAGCAGCGCCGCGGGAGGUUGCCACUGUAGUAGAAGGAUCCCUUCUAGCUCCAGUCCCCAGGUGGAAUUCACGAAACAUCUCCAAAAAUACACGAAAGCCUACAGUCACUGUGGAGUUUAUAUCAGGUUCCAGCUUCCUUCCCGGAGUGUGUGCGGUGACAGCCGAGACCAGUGGGUUCUUACCCUGAUGAGCUGCUUGGAUCUCAGAGAGUGUGGACAUGCUUAUUGGGAGAAUCUAGCCCACCAGAAGCAUUUGUCUUCCCCUGGCAUGCUGAUUUCUAGGCCCACAGAAGGGGUACCUCAAGACAGAAGCACUCAUACCCAGAAGUACCCACCAUCUGCCUUGCCGUUUACUGAGAAGCCUACCCUUCUGCCAGGAACACAGUCCUUGGAGAAAGAGCCCACCCUCCUCAAGGAAAUUACCACUUCCCUUGUGGGCUGCAAUCUGGGAGCUGGACAUGAGGCUAAGGAGAACCAGAAACAGCUGGAAGGAAAAGCAGGUGCCACUAGUGGGACAUCAGCUGUGGUGCCAGUACUGUCCCUCCUGGUCAUUGUCUUCUUCCUCAUUGGAGUCAUCCUUUACAUGCAGUGCAAAAGGAAGAGGGGGCAGCCAGCGCAGUACUCUCCAGGUGUUAUGGCUUGUGUCUAGAUGUCCCCCAAAGCCUCAUGCAGUCAUAGGUGGCUUUCUGGAGGUGGCUGGAUCUGGGGCAUGUGAUGCUGAGGUCAAGGGUAUAAUGCUGGACUUGAUUUGUGGUGUGACACUAGGAUUAUGGGUACCCCAAGUGGGUGUGAGUGCUUCCUGCCCUGGAUAGGAUAUAAGAAACAGAAGAAGGGUUGCUAUAGUUGCUGCUUUUUGCUUGCUGCUUGCUACUUCACUGCUGGCUGCCUUCUGCCUCUUUGCCAUGGGCUGUUUUCUGUGCUAGCACAAUAAAUCCUUUUUUCUUUGAGUGUUGAGUAUUUUGUCUCAGCAAUGAGAAAAGUAACUGUGACACCAGGUAACCCCUCACCCAGGGACCCAGGGCUUUCCUUGAAGGGAUACCGCUCCCUGUUGUUCUCAGAUAGCUAGAAACCUGACCCAUCACACAAAAUCUAUGGCUUUUGUACUAUGGGCUGUAAGUUGCCUAUAAGAGUCAGCCAGAGACUAAUGUGGUGAGGGAGUAAAGCUCUUGAGACCAAGCCCAGUGCUUGGCCUUUAGAGCCUAGUGGUGCUUGGAGCAAGGUGAAGCUAGACCAGGCUAGCAGUAGAUAAAGCUAUGGAGAAGGGAAAGGGCCAUUCAUUCAACUAACAAAUAUUUAUCGAGCACUUACUGUAUACAAGGUUCUAGGGUUAAUAUCUGGGAAUUUUAUUUCCCACUUAAAUUACAACCCCUCUCCAAACUCCACUUGAUCUCAGAACUCAUCUCUCAAUUUCUUAAUCCUUUCCAGAUCUACAGCUUUAUUAACACACACCUGCAACACCAGGCUCCAAAACCUGAGCCAAGAAUGGGAGCUUGGACUGAUUUAUUUUAUAAAUACUUUAUGUAAUUGAUAUAAUUUUUGAUACAUUUUAGGCAAUUGCCAAAUUAAAAAUAUUACUAACUGCUCUUAGUCUUCCCCUUUUCUUCAAAGUCCAUCUUUUAUUUCUUUCAUUUCUAUCAAUAUAUGAGGUGUACAUAUUGUACUAGAUUUGCAAUUAAGUAUUUUCUUUUAUUCUGAAAGAUUUAAAGUAGUAUUGUAUUUUUAAAUUUUGUUCAUUGUUAGUGUAUAGGGAUAUAACUUUGGGUAUUUUUUUUCCCAUUAAGUUUAUUGGUACAUCUUAG